AUGGUAGGGGAAUUAAGUAAUACAAUGCAUUCCCAGAAGCCCAUAUUCCACUUAGAGAAUGAGGAUGCUAUCUGCAAGCGUACUAGGGCCAAUUAUUCUCUUGCAAGUUUUACACUUGACGAACUUGAGACUUUUCUUCAAGAAACUGAUGAUGAUGAGGACCUUCAAAAUGUUGACGAUGAAGAAGAGUACCGGAAGUUUCUUGCUGCUGUUCUACAUGAUGGAGAUGGUGACGGUCAGCCAAAUCAAGAGAAUGAAAAUGUUGAUGAUGAAGAUGAAGAUAAUGAUGCUGAUUUUGAGAUAGAGCUUGAAGAGUUGCUGGAGAGUGAUAUAGAUGAAUGUAAUGGGAAUAAAACCCAAAAGGAGUACAUUGGAGCCGGACGACGGCCAGAGACUAGGCAGAAUAGGUGCCAGAAAGACGCUGCCCAAUAUAAAAAGAAGCUUUCAGGACAGGCAAAUAGGCCAUUACGUCCUCUCUUACCAGUUUUGCCUAAUGGACCAAUUGUACCCUUCUCUACCAAUGAUGGGAAAACUUUGAUGCCUGAUUAUUUUACAGCUGAAGAUGGUUUAAUAAAGGGAUUUACUCUGCAUCAAAUAGGCCAGUUACAUUGCUUGAUACAUGAGCACCUGCAACUUCUUGUUCAAGUUCGCGGACUGAUUUGUGAGAUGCUUCAAAAACCUAAUGAAGUACUAGCAUGGAAAAGUGUUCCAUAUGCUAGCAUUUUCUUUUACCCUCCAUAUGUUUGUUCGUCAGUGCCAGAUGAAUCUCCCAAAUUUUCCCCAGCACAGUGCUCCUUAAAAUCAUGUACUACUUUUAAUGCACAAAGCGUGUGCUCUAACCACAUGGAGGCUUUUAUAAGCAUGUCACCUCCUAAUGGAAGUGGUCCAGUACUAUCGAUCACGGAUGUAGCUCCAUUUAAUUUAGUUGGAAGAUAUAUGGAUGAUGUUUAUACUGCUGUUCAGGACUAUCGACGGCGUCAAGUGAAAUCUGGUAGUGAAGCUCCCUUUCCACCCCUUGCAGCAGUUGUAAAUAGGGUGCUUUUCACUGAUGCAGAGGAUGGGCUGUUGGCACUGGGGUGGAUGGAAUAUAACACGGAUUGGAAGGCGAUUCAACAACGUUUUCUUCCAUGCAAAUUGACGCAUCAGAUUUUCGUUUGGCAAAAAAAUUGCUGCUCAUCUAAAGCACCAGAAAAUCCCAUAAAGGCAGUUCGGAGAAUGAAAACCUCUCCAUUGACUGUGGAAGAGAUAGCAUCUAUUCAGGAGGGACUUAAGCUUUAUAAAAUGGACUGGAUUUCUGUGUGGAAGUUUGUUGUCCCACAUAGAGAUCCAUCCUUAUUACCUCAGCAGUGGCGCAUUGCCCUUGGAACUCAGAGGUCAUAUAAGCAGGAUGCAGCAAAAAAGGAGAAGCGAUGA